GAAGGAUUCGAGAUAUAGUUAUCAGAUAGAGCUUAUCUUUUGAUUUUUAUUUUUCUUAAAAAAACAAAACAGGUAAACAUGUUAGUAGAUAGAUGAACUUCAAACCAUGGAUGAACUAACCCACAAUUUUUGUUUAAAAAACCUGAGUCAUCUGUAUUUCCAUUACAAAGCUACUUUAUAUUUAUGAAGUAGGCAGAGGAGUAAGUUAAGAAGGAACAAUUUCCAGGCAGUAAGUAUCUUUCAUUUAAAAUUACGAAAGGGCUAAAAAAUCUGUUUACAAUUAAGAUUAGUUCACCUGUAAAUUGCCUCCUGGUAAUAAGGGCCAGAGUAUUUAUUGUGCAGAGACAGCUAAGCAGUACUUUCUCUUCAAUGAUAAUGGUUUUACGGGCCUGGAAGAGUCAGAUAGAUAAGAAGGCAUUUACCGCAUUUACCUCUAGUCAACAAGAUUGAAGAUCGUCCAAUAGCCAAUCAGCACUGAAGAAUGCAGCAGCAAUGAGUCGGGGUGGACAAUGUAUAUUGCUUCACCUGUCAAUGAAUACAAUCACGAUGAUGAAGUCAAUGACGAUGACAGCAUUGAUAAACAAGAAGAUGGACUUCAUGCUGAAGAUGUUGCCGGAGACACUGACAGUGAUGACUCUAUGGCGUCUGAUGCCUCUUCCGGCCCAAGUCAUCGAGAAGAUCUAUGCGGUAAUAUUCGGGGAAGUCACUGUCCAGGUGACUUUGGUCAUGCUGGAGACAAAGAUAACAUAAAAUGGUUCGGUAAGAAACAUCACCAACAGGAAGAGAAGAAACCUCGUGAUGAGCAGAUAAAAGCAGCAAAAGACAAGCCAGAACACAGGGAAAUUGGUGCUGGCAGAUUGAAGAAAAAAUGAUGAUGCUUCUUCAAGGAAAUUGUACGAGAACCUUUUACCAGACGUUCUCAAGAAACCUACCAUAUCUGUUCCAAUCCUCUGAGGUAUUCAAUGCUGAAGUUUAUAUUUAUUUUGUAGCUUUUGAUUCCCAGUUUAAUAGAGUAUCAAGUAACAACCUGCUUAUCCCCUUUACAGAAAAUCCCUCUCUGAGUUCUUUACAUAUGCAUAUGGAUGACUAUACCUUGUUUGCGUGUGCAAGUAGAAAGCAAUAGUUUCAUGCAGUCAUUUAAUCUUAUUCAAGCCUGUAAUAUCAAUGUAAGAUUUUGAGAUGCCGUAAGCCACUGAUUUCAGAA